CGAUAUCUGAAACACAGGCCGUCUGAACGCAGGCUCUGCUGUUUUACCGAAAGCUGUUCUACAAGGGCUUUCCUGCCUGGUUCACCCAGGCUGUAUCAUUAGUUAGUAACCGCUUGGUGAACUGUACCAUCUCUGUUUAUUUCCUUGUUUACUGUGUUAUUUCUUUCCCCUCUCCCACGUUGUACUGGACGCUGCAGACGAUGAAGAUCAGGAAGCAUCCCUACCUGCUGGAGACUAUAUGGAUGGACAAGUACAAGUUUGACGAGGCUGAGAGACUGUUCCAUGAGGGCCAGCAGGCCUCUGCUGCCAGUGCUGUGGUACAGGCUGCACAGGAGGCUGAGUUGGCAUCGCUUACCUGGGCUGGGGCUGCGGAGGAUGGUCAGCAAGAGCAAGAGGUGGGAAGGAAGCAACGGAGGAAGCGAUCUCCACGUGCUUGGCCAGAAGAGGUGGAGAGUUCAUGCCAGCUGGAGAUGAAGCCGCUGCCUGAAGCUUCUGGUCCAGAGCCAGUGAAGGACACAAUAACCAACACCAAAGCAGUUGGCAGGGAUAUCAUACUCGGCCGUGAGACACGCUCUCUAGUCGCCUGGCAUCAACUGGUUCAUGGUGUCUGGCUCAACAAGAGCACUUUCGAUGAGGCCGAACGUCUGUUCAUCAUACGGUCACAAGGCCACAGCAUCCCACGUUCCCUCCCCAUCCCAACCUCUGGGGUCACUGCAGCUCCAAAGCUGUGGGCAACUCCAGACGAAGGUUACGUCAGUGCCACCCCUGCCACCCCCAUCACUCCUGGCUUCCCCACUGGAGGAGACCCCAGUUCUCUGGUCAAUGGCAUGUUCCCAAAUGCCAGCCCGCGCCCGUUGGAACUCCAGUUUUGGCUGGAAAAGCCACUGUACGAUGAUGCGGAGCGACUCUACCAUGAGAGGCUGCAUGGUGACCCAGCCAGAGUCAAAGAAGGCUGUCCCCAGACAAUGGGACAAAGGCCCCCUGCCCCAAGCCUUGCUAAUGCCCAUCAGAAUACCACACGCUGCUUGCUGCCCCCAGUAAAUGAGGAUCCUCUGGCAGCUGCCCGGCACCUUGUUCAUGAGGACAGUGAGCCAGUGUGGUUCAAUAAACCCAUGUACGAUGAUGCCGAGUUACGCUAUCACCUGGCUCGAAUCCGGAGAGCUGCUGACCAGCCUCAGAAGCUUGAACCAUUGCAGGCACCAUCAGUGGAGAGAGCUGCUCCUGCACCUCGUUGUCUGAGGCUCCACGAUAAAACAAUGGCAGUUAACUUUCUUGCUGAGGAAAAGAUCUGGUUCGAUAAAUACAAGUAUGAUGAUGCUGAGAUGCAAUAUUACGUUAAACUCAACAGCCCAGUCACUGGCAAAGUACAGAAUUCACCAGCUGUGCAGGAGAAUGGAGCAAGUAACAUCCUUCGAGACAUUGCCAGAGCCAGGGAGAAUAUCCAGAAGUCACUGGCAGGAAGUGCUGUGCAAUGUUCAGAUAUUGAGAUGUGUGCCCGGGUCAUCAACCUAGAGAAAGAGAAUCAGAGCUUACACCAGGUGGUGGAAGACCUGCGGUUGGCAAUGUCGAAGCUGGAAGCCCGUGUAUCCACAUUGGAGAAGUCUUUGGUCAGCGCACAGCCUGCAAUCUGCCCACAAGCCCAACACAAUGAGCCCAGCACAACAAAUGUUGAGGCUAAGAAGAAUGAAGAUGAUGACGAUGAUGAUGACGACGACAUUGAUCUCUUUGGAAGCAGCGAUGAAGACGAGAAGGCAGAAAAAGAUAGGGUCCGUGAGGAACGCUUACGUCAGUACGCAGAGAGGAAAUCCAAGAAACCUGCCCUCAUUGCCAAGUCCUCCAUCCUCUUGGAUGUGAAACCAUGGGAUGACGAGACGGACAUGGUGAAGCUGGAGGAGAGUGUGCGGACCGUCCAGAUGGACGGCUUGGUGUGGGGAGCCUCCAAACUCGUCCCGGUUGGGUAUGGGAUCAAGAAGCUCCAGAUCCAGUGUGUGGUGGAGGAUGACAAGGUCGGCACGGAUCAGCUGGAGGAAGAAAUCACCAAGUUUGAGGAUUAUGUGCAAAGCGUUGAUAUUGCUGCUUUUAACAAGAUCUGAAGAUGCUGAAUCUUUCCAAAUUUACUGAGGAAUAAAGGAUUGAGUUAUCUGUC